ACGCCAACAAGGCUUGGUGCAUGACCCUUACCACCCUCUUGUUGUCUCGCUGAACGUAGACCAUGCUCGCUCGUCGUUUCGCCGCGGAAUCUGCGAUCUCGCUCCGUCGCGCGCUUGCGACCCAUGCCCCAUCGGUUGUGUCCCCGGUCUCUGGGGUUACACGACAUGACUGGUCCAAACAGGAGAUACAGAAGAUAUAUGACAGCCCCCUAUUGGAUCUGGUGUUCCGAGCUGCAACUGUGCACAGGCAGCACUUCGAUCCGGGUCAAGUGCAGCUCUGCACACUCAUGAACAUCAAAACUGGGGGAUGUUCCGAAGACUGCUCGUACUGCUCCCAAUCUUCAAGAUACUCUACAGCGACAAAGGCAUCUAAGCUGGUCGACAUUGAGCCGGUACUGGAAGCCGCGCGGAAGGCAAAAGAGAACGGCAGCACGCGGUUCUGCAUGGGGGCUGCAUGGCGGGAUCUCGCGGGGCGAAAGCGCGGUUUCGAGCGAAUUCUGACCAUGGUCCGUGAAGUGCGCGGGAUGGGCAUGGAGGUCUGCACGACAUUAGGCAUGCUAAGUCCGGAGCAAGCGAAGAUGCUCAAGGAAGCCGGGUUGACGGCGUACAACCAUAACUUGGACACUUCGCGCGAACACUACCCCAAGGUCAUCACUACUCGUUCGUAUGACGAGAGGUUGGACACCAUUAGCGCCGUGCGGGAAGCCGGCAUAAGCGUCUGCUCCGGAGGUAUCCUUGGUCUCGGUGAAUCCAACGAAGAUCGAGUGGGCCUCAUCUGGGAAGUGUCCAACAUGCCCGAGCACCCCGAAUCGUUCCCUGUCAAUGCGCUUGUUCCAAUCAAGGGUACACCCUUGGAGAAUAACGAGCCGGUGGCAUAUCAAACCUUGCUGCGUACAAUCGCGACCGCCCGCAUAGUGCUCCCGACGACUAUCAUUCGCUUAGCUGCAGGCCGGCAGACGCUCUCAGAGAACGAACAAGCCAUGUGCUUCAUGGCUGGGGCCAACGCCGUCUUUACUGGUGAACAAAUGCUCACAACCCCGUGCUCUCCAUGGGAUGAGGAUAAAGCGAUGAUGGCGCGUUGGGGUCUGGAAGGAAUGCGCAGUUUCACAUCGAAGAGGGUCUCCAUGAAAGAAACGCGAGAGAUACCGCAUGAUACGAGACCAACGACGGAGGAGGCUCGUUAGAGCUGUGCCUUCGGUGCUUUGUGCGAGCUGCGGGACGCCACUGACAUUAGACAAGCGUACGCUAUCAGAAGGCUCUGUGAUAUAUACCGGCCAGCCUGUCGUUAACAGAUUACCAUUAGUUGCUAGAUAAGAUGUAGCUUUAUAAAAAGGGCCGUAUUU